AUGUUUAGUUUUUCAGAACAAAAUGAUAUGUUUUCCCGCAGGUGUGUCUGGGUUAAUGGUCCAGUAAUCAUCGGAGCUGGACCAUCUGGACUAGCUGUGGGAGCUUGCCUUAAAGAACAAGGCCUCCCUUUCGUAGUUCUUGAAAGAGCUGAUUGCAUAGCUUCUUUGUGGCAGAAGAGAACUUAUGAUCGCCUUAAGCUUCACCUUCCAAAACAGUUCUGUCAACUUCCUAAACUACCAUUCCCUGAACAUUACCCAGAAUAUCCCACAAAAAAACAGUUCAUUGAUUAUCUCGAAUCAUAUGCAAGUCAUUUUGGCAUCAAACCACAAUUUAAUGAAUCUGUGGAGUCUGCUAAGUACGAUGAAGUCUGUCGUUCAUGGAGAAUCAGAACUGUUUCAACACAAGGAUCUACUAGGUCUGAGGUUGAGUACAUUUGUCAGUGGAUUGUGGUAGCCACAGGAGAAAAUGCAGAGCGAGUAGUCCCUGAAAUUGCAGGACUAGGGGAUUUUGGCGGUGAAGUUAUUCAUGCUUGCGAGUACAAGUCUGGUGAAAAAUAUAGUGGGAAAAAAGUUCUUGUUGUGGGAUGUGGAAAUUCAGGAAUGGAAGUUUCACUUGAUCUCUGUAAUCACAAUGCUAAACCAUCAAUGGUGUCUAGAAGCUCGGUCCAUGUAUUGCCAAGAGAAAUAUUCGGAAAAUCAACAUUUGAACUGGCAAUGAUGAUGAUGAAAUGGCUCCCUUUAUGGCUAGUUGACAAGAUAUUGCUGAUAUUAACAUGGUUUAUACUCGGCAACACUGAUAGUUAUGGUUUGAAAAGGCCAUCAAUUGGUCCAAUGGAGCUAAAGAGCACACAUGGGAAAACACCUGUUCUUGAUAUUGGAGCAUUGGAGAAGAUCCGAUCUGGCGAUAUUGAAGUGGUUCCUGGAAUCAAAAAGUUCUCUAAAACUAUGGUAGAACUUGAUAAUGGCGAAGAACUAGACAUUGAUUCAGUUGUUUUGGCCACUGGAUACUGCAGUAAUGUUCCCUACUGGCUACAAGAAACCGAGUUUUUCACCAAAUCUGGAUACCCCAAGACCCCAUUCCCAAAUGGAUGGAAGGGAAACACUGGACUUUACGCUGUUGGAUUCACAAAGAGAGGACUAUCUGGUGCAUCCUCAGAUGCCAUGAAAAUUGCACAAGAUAUUUCCAGAGUCUGGAAGGAGGAUUUGAAGCAGAAAAAACAAAAAGUCCCCACCCAUAGAAGAUGCAUUUCGACAUUCUGA